UAUAAAUGUUACCAAUUGGGUCAUUGUGUACUUCCUUAUCAGAAUAAGCGAUUCUGAUAUACUAACUAUUAAUUAUUGUUGUUUAUGUAAUUUGUACAUCUUUCGCAGAAACGUUAUAGUGGGUAGUAUUUAAUCACAGCGAGAAGCUUUUCGACAAAACCCAGUCGUUGUUAACAGUCCGUCAUAAUCUUGUUUGUGUAUUUAAAGAAUUCAUCGUUUUGGUGAUGUGGUAAUUAGCUGUUUUGGUAGCGAAUUAAACUGCAGAGUGCAAAUUGCUUGUUAACAAUAGUCAGUUCCACUAAGAUUAAUUCUAUAAGCAUUAAGCAAUGACCGAGUACACUACUGACAGUAACAUAUACUUUAGAAAUGAUACCGCCUAUGAAGAUUAUAACGAAUUUGAAAAGGAAAUAAGUGCCCUUGAAUAUGAAAUUGGGCACUAUCGCAAUAUAUUCAUCUUUAUUACGCGAUACAUUACAUCAUUAGCUAUUUAUUCGAUAAGCAUUAAGAACAAUGACCGAGUACACUACUCACAGUAACAUAUACUUCAGAAACGAUACCGCCUAUGAAGAUUAUAACGAAUUUGAAAAGGAAAUAAGUGGCAUUGAAUAUGAAUUUGAACACUAUCACAAUAUAUUCAUCUUUAUUACUCAAUACAUCACAUCAUUAGCUGUAAUAAUUGUAACCUUAGCAGUUAUAUGUAGUACUUGCUUUAUAACAUUUUUAAUUUGUAAGUUUAAGAGGCUUAGAACACGAACGAACUUUAUUCUUUUAAAUUUAAUGAUAACUUCUACGAUAUUUACUUUUACAGUUUCAUUCCUAUAUAUUAUAGAGACAUUUGCAGGACUUCUUAUUGCGUUUUAUUAUGAAUAUAUAUUCUAUAUUGUAUUUAUUAUAGGUUUUAUGAGUGUUAAUACGACUCUUUUAUUUGUUUUAUAUCUUGCAAUUGAUUGGCUUAUUUCAGCAAACAAUUUGAAUAUGUUAUCCAAGUGUCAGAAAUCAUCGUAUCGUUUUAUUAUUUUAGGUAUUUACAUUUUUUCCUUAAAGGACUUUCUACUAUAUUUUUUGCUAUCAGAUAAAACUGUACCUUAUUUGACAAUUGAAACAAUUAGCGUCGGUUUACUUUUUAUAUUAACAGGAAUAAUCGUGCUUGCAUUUCUUAUUAUGAAAAAAUGUAAACGCUAUUCACCUGAGCAAUCAAAAACUGAAUAUUCUUUAGCUAUUUCUUGCACUUUUUUCGCAAUGUGGUUACCAGUGAUUAUUACAUUUAUCUGCGCAAUAAUUAUUCCGUCCCUUUUACGUGUACCAGUAGGCUACAAAUAUUCUUUUAUAUUUACUCUUAUAUGUCAAACUUUAAGUGUUUUUGGUCUUGCGUCUCCUGUGGCUUAUUUAAUUGUAUUAUCUAUAUUAGAUAUGAAUUUUAAAGCAUCUUUUGACUAUGUUUUUAAAAGAACUGUUAGAAAUUAUACCCAGCAAGAAUGCGAUGAAGAUUUUGAAACUGUAUAGAAUAUAGAAUAAAAGGCGUGCUACAUUGUAAGUUUGGCACGUUUUAUGAUUAUAGUCAAAAUCGCUCUUAUCGUGCGGGUGUAUCGGAUUAUCAAUGACAAACUUUUGUAGUUACGUUUCAUUUCAAUUUGCGCAACAACGUUUAAAAAAUGGUGCAAAAGGUUGUAUAUAAAAACAAGAACAAUCUUAUUCCCAACAAGGAAAAAAAGUGUAAAAGGAAGAAGCCGAAGACUGAAGAUUUAAGUAAAUGUGUAAAAAUGGAAGUAAGGGAUAGGAUUUAUGAACUAUAUAGGCUAAAAACAAAUAUAACGCUGCCAUUUCUGAGGGAUGUUUUAAAGCAACGCGGCACUUUGGAAAUUGGACUUUCUGCUUUAUCAAAAUUAAUUAAAAGCAUAGGUUUUCGCUAUAAAAAAGACUGCAAUAGAAGAUAUUUGUGUGAACUACCAAAUAUUGUGAGUCAACGAAUAGGAUUUUUAAGACAAUAUACACAAAAUGAAAAAUCAAAGUUAAGGAAAGUGGUAUUCUUAGAUGUAACUUGGAUAUUUUCAAACCGGAGUGGAAUAAAAUCUUGGCAAGAUGAAUCUGUGAAAAGCGUGAAAAGAAAAAAAGGAUGUGGUCAGGGAAAACGAUUUAUUAUUUUACAUGCCGGGUCUUCAACGGAAUUUGUUUCAGGUGCAAGUUUAAUUUUUUCUUCUAAGUCUAAAAGUAUGGAUUAUCAUGACAAUAUGAAUUGCGAAAUGUUUGAAAAAUGGUUAAAGGAACAGUUAAUACCGAAUUUGCAAGAACCUUCCUUAAUAGUAUUAGACAAUGAGUCGUAUCAUUCAAGAAUUUUGAAUAAACAACCAAAUGGAAGUUGGAGAAAAAGCGAAAUUUAUGAAUGGUUAGUAAAAGAAAAUCAAAAUCCCUUGCCAUAUAUGCUAAAAUCCGAAGUUCUUUCAAUUGUAAAAUCGCUGAAAAGACCAAAAAUAUAUGCUGUUGGCGAAAUAGUACGUGAAUACGGCCAUGAAGUUUUAAGAUUGCCACCAUACCAUUGUCAGUUUAAUGCCAUUGAGCUUAUAUGGGCAGGGUCAAAAUCUUAUUAUGAGAAGCAUGUGGGUGCUGGGCUUAGAUCUGACCAGGUUGAAGCUGUUUGGAAUGAGGCAUUGAAUCACAUCACAAAGGAGUAUUGGCGGAAAUCAGUGGCUCACACAAAAAACAUUAUUAGAACCUGGUGGAAGAGAGAAAAAGUACUCGAUAUCCAAGUUGAACCAUUGAUCAUUGCUCCAUUUGAAGAAGAUUCGGAAAAUGACGAACAGUUUUCCGACUCUGUUAGUGAUAACGAUAGUUAUAAUUAGUUUCUUUUUUUAGUCAAAUUUGUUACUUCAUUUUUACACAUUCACUUAAAUCUUCAGUCUUCGGCUUCUUUUACACUUUGUCUCCUGCUUGGAAAUAAGAUUGUUCUUGUUUUCAUAUACAACCUUUUGCACCAGUCUUAAACUAAUUCCAAGAGCUUUAACUACUUCUUCUUGUACAUUCCAAGCAAUCCUUUAUUUUCUUUUUCGUUAUUAAAAUAAUUAGCUUUCUUUUUGCAUUUCGUUUAUUAUUUAGGUAUGAUUAAAAAGUACACAAUUUUUUUUUAAACAAAGCUAAGUAAAUAAAUUGGUGAAUGCCCUGUGAGAUACAAAUGCCCGCCGCAUUCACCAGUUUUUUUUUUAAUUAUUUUUUUUUUUUUUGACUUUUAACUGAUAUAAAAGAAAAGAUAACACAAAUUUUUAAUUUUCUGUGCAUCAACGUAUAGAUUGGGUCGAACGACAAAUAAUAAAUCAUAAAAUUAAAAUGUCAUUUUAAAAGUGAGAUUGUAACAUGAACUUGCCUUUAAACAAAGAAAGUAGCUUUCUGGUCUCUGACUGCACUGCAUCACACACAAUACAAAUUAAUUGUUUGUCAUUAUACCAAAAUGUAUAGUUUCCCAAUAAUUAUUACAAAAACACACUAUCACACAUAAAAAAAAAAGAAGACAAGAUCAAAUAAUCGUUAAAAAUUAGACGCUGUGCCCUGAAAUCGACAAAUUAGUAUGUUAUGCACAUACAUAGGGUCAUGCUAAAUCGUAUACUAAUUUCUCAAAAAUUUAGGUAACAACCAUUUUUAAAUGAAAUAUAUAUAAUUUUAAUGAAAGGCUAGGGAGGCAUUUUUGCUCUCAUAAAAAAAUAUAAAAUGCUUAGAUUUAGAUAUUAUUGCGUAAAGAAAAAUUGUUAUUGAGAAUUCUGUCUAUUUCGGACAAUUUUUUAAAAAAGAAAAGUAAAUAUUAUGUCUGGCAACUUAACAGAAUUUCGGGGAUUCUAGGCAUAUACCGAUGAGGCAUAUACCCAACGGGCUUUAUACUUAUGGGCUUUUUCACGUCAUGAAAGGAAAUAACCAACGUAUGUUUUACAUGUCGAAUCUCGGAUACGUAGUAUUCCGCAGACAUUUUUACGGCGUUAAAGGCAUCACGUCAGUUAAUAAUUAUGAUCUAAGGUGUAUACGUGGCUUUAAUAUGUCACAUGACGGCAUUCAAUGUAUUGUCAAACUCUCAAGGAAAUAACAUUUUGGCAGCCACUGAUUUUUCAAUUUGAUUCAUAUUACGUGGUGACCUUUGAACCCGCACGAUAAGAGCGAAGGCGACUAUAUCAAUGCGAUCCAUCCAUUUGUUAUAUCUUUAGCUAUUAAAAAGCACGUGGAAAAAACGAUAAAAUCCUAUUGAAUAAAACUAUUCUUUAUAUUCUUCUGUAUAAAUUUAAAUACUGACUAAAGUGCAAUUUAUUCAUUGGUAGUUGAUACUCGAACAAUAGAAAAUUUUAAAUUUGUUCUUGUUUUUUUUUAAAAUAACUUUUAUUCUUAAUUGCUACUCCUCUAUUAAUUAUUAUAUGAUUACUUAGUUUUCUAGGGAUAAAUAUUUUUGGAUAAGGAUAUGUAGAGAUAUCUUUACAUAUUAAAUUUAUAAACAGAUUAUUUUUUCAUUUUUUGCUCAAAGAAAAUUAAGACUUGUUGUUAUAAAUAUUUUAACCUUAUUGUUGAAUUCUUCAGAAUAAAAUAGCUAAGAAAGACCUGCAUAUUGAAAAUAUUUAGGUUUAAAAUAAUUUUUUAUUUUUCUAUGAUUUAGACAAGGAAUAUCUAAGAUAUCUUAUAUAACUAUUAUAAUCAUAGUACAUAUUUCAUUGUCAUGUUAUAAAUAAAGUGAUGGUUAAACUCGAUUAGUGAUACCUCUAAGAAUAAAAUUUUAAGAAUAAUAAAUCCUAUCGCAAUCAUUCUACUGUCAGAAGUUAAAUGUUUAAAAUAAUCAAUAUUUGAAAUUUAAAAAAUCAUUGUUUUUCAUACGAAACCUUCAAUUAAUUAUUUUGAUUAAACUAAUUAUUUAAACGUGUGACCCACGUAUCAGCAGUGGUAUCACUACUCAUUUGCUUUCAAGGAUUCUCUGAUAAUUUUUAAGCUUAUAAAUAAAUUUGUAAUACAAAUUGCAUAUGAUUACCUUGUAGCGAAUUUGACCAGUGAUAGUUAUAUAUUUAGUUAAUCAGUGAUUCUUUAUUUUUUAUAAAGGUUAAGGCACUAAAUUUCUGGUCACAACUCUUUUAAUUUGCAGGGUUUUAUUAGAUAAAUAAGAUAGGCAUUUUAAAGACUUUUAGAAGUACGUUAUUAGGAUGUUCAUAAUUAUACUUAACAUAGAUCUAGAAACGUAUAAAAUAUAUAUUUUAUUUAAAUAAA